AGGAUUUACGCGACUGCGCAGUUGGGAGAGGCCAUCACGGUGGAUUUCUCAUCCUGCUUCGGUUCUGUGGUUGACUGGUUGAGUGUGCGAGUGGUAGACCUUGGACGUGUGAGUGACUAAUGGUCAGCGAGAGUUUUGGGUCCAUGCUGUCAGGUUUGUUGCGACCGAUGCGUGAGUGUUACAAUAAAAGAUAACGAGUGAGAUACGAGGAAGAAGAGAAAAGAGGAGGCGACUGGGAAAAAGACGGGACGACGGCAAAAGCAAACACGAGGGGCACCGCAGAAACAGGAAGUGGGAGUAGAAACAUAGACAUCCAAAAAACACAUUAAUAUUGGAAACGUUUGUCAAGCCGGUGCUGUUAUGGCGGACAUAGAUUUGGACUUCCAGACAGCUGAUGCAGGGGCAUCUUCUACCUACCCCACGCAGUGCUCUGGCCUGCGCAAGAACGGACACGUUGUCCUGAAGGGCCGGGCCUGCAAGAUUGUGGAAAUGUCCACCUCUAAGACUGGCAAACAUGGUCAUGCUAAGGUCCACAUGAUCGGAAUAGACAUCUUCACCGGGAAGAAAUAUGAGGAUAUCUGUCCCUCCACUCACAACAUGGACGUCCCCAAUAUCAAACGGAAUGAUUACAAUCUGCUUAACAUCAACGACGGGUACCUGGCUCUGUACAUGCCUGAUGGUCAGGUGAGGGAGGACCUGAAGUUGCCAGAAGGAGAAUUGGGCUGUGAGAUUAAUUCCAGGUUUGAAAAGGGAGAAGAUCUCUCGGUCACUGUUCUGUGUGCAAUGAACGAAGAGUGCGCGGUGGCCGUUAAAGCUACUACAAAGUAAAACGCUGCAGGGGUGGACAAGAUGCAUUGGACCCAAAAAAAGGAGAGAAUAAGACCUCAGUAUUGCCAUUCUCUCGCUCUUUCUUUCUUAAUCUUUUUCAUCUUCGUUACUCUCUAGCGCCCCUGGGUGAAAUUACAAUAAAUUUAAUGCAUAUUCAGUAAUAGUAUACAGAGACAAGACGUAUAUGUAUAUAUGGUAGCUAUGGUUUUAUAUAUAUAUAUACACACACACACACACACACACACACACACACACACACACACACACACACACACACACACACUGCAGAUGAAGGCAGGAAGGAGGAAUCUAUUUUCUCACACUAAACCUGUCACCGUAGGUAGGGAGGAGACCAGGAGACCUCCUGUGAAUGCAGAAUGGCUUUUCUGUACUGAUCUUUAAGGGCUUCUACAUGUGAAAUUUGUCUUUGUUCUGUUCAGAUCUAUCUUGCCAAAUACGUUCUAUACCUGAGAACCUGACAUUUGCAGUGCUCCCCACCAUACACUGCAUAAUUGCAUUGCAAAUCAGUUAAAGCAAACAUUGCCUACAGCUGUAGUUGUGGAGCAGACCUUGUGGGCUACCCUGAACUUACAGUUUGGGUAGCCCUUAAUUGGGUAACCAUUCUUAAGUGAUUAUCGGAGCUCACUACAGCAGAUGUAAAUAUUUCCCAGAAGCACCUACUGUUCCCCAAAUAGAGCUAAUUCAGCCACAAAGCCUGAACAAGAGUACCGGUAACACAGUCUGCCAUAAACUUCACUGAAACCACCACAAGCUUGGAUCUCUGGACUAAGGAAAGGACUUGCUUUUUACUUUUGCAACAAUGUAUUCCUUUAUUUUUUAUUCAGUAUCUUAAGCUAUAAUUUGGCCAAACUGUUUUCCACUUGGUCAAGUGGAUUCUUAAAUCCUUGAUGAAUUUUUUUAUAGAAUUAUUUUUUAUCCCCUCCCAAUCAGCUUUUAGUAUGUUAGGGUCAAAGAGCAUAAAAUAAAAUCCUUUUCCAUGAGACAAAUAUAGAUAAUUAUGCAUUCAAUAUGUAGCUGAAUGAAAAGUAACAUUGUGAUCAAUGCCUUUUCCUUAAAUGCUGUUUAAAUGAAAAAUGUUGAGUGUGCUUGGGUCCUUCCUCUUUUAGUUUACCUGACCAAUGUUUGUUUUCACUUCCGUGUCCCAGCGGGCAGACCCUGCUGCUAUUGCGCUAUGCAGUCCCUCGCUCACUCUGACGAGUCCUAUUGCAAACCACUAAACUACUGUUUAUACACAGAGGGGUUUUCCUGGAUUUUUGGGCGAUUAAAUUACAUUUUUGACUGCACAGUAGCACGCGACAAUCAUUUUGAGAGGACCUCCCUUCGAUUAUUGAUCCCGUUAAACACUAUGGUAAACAUGAUACUUUUUGUUUCGUAGUUUUCUUUUUCUAGAAUGUUUUAUGGGUUACUGCUUUUACCAGGACACAUUGCAAAUGCUUAAUGUGCUCAAUUAUCCAUAUGGCACCAAAAUUUAUGUAUGUAUUAAUGUUUAUACAUAUAUUUAUUCAUAUGAAUUGCCAAUGAGGGACACAUUUCUGUGUUGCACUGUUCUGGGGCACCUCACUUUUUUAGAAAUCCCUCAGCUCCCAUUUACUGAAAAUGUGCGAUGGCAACAUUGAAUUAAAUAAAAGAAUGUGUGUUCCUGUUAAUAUUUAUAUUAAUGAAAUAUUCAGUGGGAAGGAUAUAAAUGAGACUGGUAGUAAUCAAGAGAACAAAAUGUCAGGAUGUACAGACAAGGGCCCAACAAGAGCUGUGUGCAGUUAUUUUAUUGACCCGCUUCAGUUAUUAAUGCUUUUCAUAUUUGGGUCUGGGUACUGUCUAUUAUCAAUUAAGCUCAGCUUUCCCCCUCUUUCUCCAAAUCCCUGUAAUCUAGAGGUUUUUUUUUGAACAAGUUCUUCCGAUGUCAUCUUCAAAUAAAUUGAAUAAAACUGGUAACAAGCAGAUUAAA